AAUUAAUAACAGUUAAUGAAGGGCCAUCUGGUUUUGGACUGGAAGUGUAUAAAAGCUGUUCUGUGUCGAGACAAGACCACCACUCUCACUAUGAAGACUUUGUUGGUACUACUUGCGCUCUCCUUUGUUGCCACAUGUUGGUCGCAACCCCCUCAGGGGGAAGGCGAGGGCCCACCUCCACCAACUGGCUGUCCUCCCCCUAAUGAGGGUAUGGGAAAAUCCCGCCAACGCAGACAACAGCGGCCAGAGGGUGACGGUCCACCUCCACCAACAGGAUGCCCUCCACCUCCAGAGGGCAAUGAACAAUCCCGACCACGCAGACAAGCACAACAACAAGGUCCCCAAGGUCAGGGAGGCCAAGGCUCCCAAGGUCCCCAAGGUCAGGGAGGCGAAGGCUCCCAAGGUCCCCAAGGUCAGGGAGGCCAAGGCUCCCAAGGUCCCCAAGGUCAGGGAGGCCAAGGCUCCCAAGGUCCCCAAGGUCAGGGAGGCCAAGGCUCCGAAGGUCCCCAAGGUCAGGGAGGCCAAGGCUCCCAAGGUCCCCAAGGUCAGGGAGGCCAAGGCUCCCAAGGUCCCCAAGGUCAGGGAGGCCAAGGCUCCCAAGGUCCCCAAGGUCAGGGAGGCCAAGGCUCCCAAGGUCCCCAAGGUCAGGGAGGCCAAGGCUCCCAAGGUCCCCAAGGUCAGGGAGGCCAAGGCUCCCAAGGUCCCCAAGGUCAGGGAGGCCAAGGCUCCCAAGGUCCCCAAGGUCAGGGAGGCCAAGGCUCCCAAGGUCCCAAGGUCAGGGAGGCGAAGGCUCCCAAGGUCCCCAAGGUCAGGGAGGCCAAGGCUCCCAAGGUCGCCAAGGUCAGGGAGGCCAAGGCUCCGAAGGUCCCCAAGGUCAGGGAGGCGAAGGCUCCCAAGGUCAGGGAGGCCAAGGCUCCCAAGGUCCCCAAGGUCAGGGAGGCCAAGGCUCGAAAGGUCAGAGGGGUGAUGGCUCCCAAGGUCAGAAAGGCGAAGGUUCCGAAGGUCAGAAAGGUGAAAGAUCCGAAGGUCAGAGAGGCGAAGGCGGCAAAGGCCCCGAAGGGCAAAAGGAACAAGGAUCUGAAGGUUCCGAAGAAAGGCCCAGAAGACCCCCUCCACAAAGACGAUGAUUCCUGUGAAAGAAAUAAAACAAAUGAAUACUGAA